AUGCCCAAAAAAUUUACAAAGCUGCUCAAUUUUACGUUGGAGACUCUAAUAUGAAAAGAAUUAUUCAACUACAAAUUUUACUUCUCUCCAGAUUCAUUUUAUGAAUCUUCAUCUUUUAGCCCAAAAUUAUUAGCUUCUCCAACCCUGACCGAAGAAUCAAAAUCUCCUUCUCCUCUUAAUACAUUACCUCACAGAUUUCCUAAGCUAAGGCUAAAAGAGUCCAACACCAGCAAUGGCUCAAAGAAAAGAAUUGAAAACUCAAUAGAAAUCAAAGAACCCUGCAAACAAAAUGUGAUACAAGACCAAAAGAUUAAAAAAAUCAGCAAGAUGGUAGAAACUUCUGACGAAGACCAAGAAAAUCAUGAAAAUGAUCCCCCUUUAUCUGAAGUAUCAGAAAAUCUAUCACCUUUGCAAGAAUACGCAAAGUAUUAUAGAGAAAGACUUAAAUCCCUGCCAAAAAAGAGAAAGCGUGAGGCUACACCUCCAUCACCAAAGAUAAUUGGAAAGCAAAGAGAAGUUUUCAAAGCAUUUGGAAACAAAAUAAACGUAUACAAGCAAACAAAAUUUGUUGAAGAAUGCGAAACCUCUAAUUUUGUGCUAGGAGAAAUUAAUUUGCAUACUGGAAAAAAAGAUUUAAAUGAGAGGAAAAAUGACCUAAUUGUAAUUGAAAAGCCUAAAAUACCUCACAAUUUAAUAAAAGUUCAUAAGUUUCAGAUAAAGGCAGAUUUAGAUAGUUUUGAAAGAAUUUUGCAGAGAGCUGAAAAUAGAAAAGCUGACCAAAGUUGCGGAGUCGAAGAGAAUCCUGAGAGUAAUGAUAAUAAUAGUUAA